UAUGGUGAAAUGCAUAUACAAUCACCAUUUGUUGAAUUAGGAUCAAUUUAAAAAUUAGUAUUGCAAGUAGUACAAACUGUUACACUUGAACAAGUCAAACAAUUCUUGGGACAUGCAAUACAUUAGCCAGAAGCAUUUGUUUAUACAUUUGUAUAAUUCUUAAAAGAAUUUUAAUAUGUUGUAAGUGUUGAUUAAUACCAAAAAUAUCCAGGCAAACAUUAUGUACAAGUAUAUUAUGAUGGACAUAAUGCACAACCUAUAUUACAUUUACUACAAAAAGGAUUGAAAUGUUAAUAAUAAUAUGUGUUAGUUGACUAUUAAAUUUUAUUAUUUUACAAAAAGAAAUCCCAAUUAAAAUAAUAACCAUUUGUACAUUAAGUGCAUGCUCCAUUAUUCUAAUCUAUUGUUAAACAUCCAUUUAUUGAAAUGCAUAUAUUACCAAUCAAAGUAUAUCCUGAAUUACAUUUAGUACAUGCUAUAGAUAUCAAUUUAUCAGAAAACUACAUUUCAGAACAUCCUGUAGGUAUUUAUACACAUUAUUAAGAAUUUUUUAAUGUAAUUAAGUAAUAUUAAGGAUUACAUUAAAUUUAAUUACAAAUUGUAAAGUUAUUACAAACUGCACAUAUUCCAUAAUCAACGUUUGGACAAGGCAUACAACUUUAUCCACUCCAAAAAGAUCCAAUUUUGCAUUAUGGAGAUGUUAAUCUUGUGGAACUUAAGGGGAGAGCUGCUUUGAAAUAAUUGGUAUUUUUAAUUGAAGAUACAGAUCCUAAAGAAGCACUUGCAAUUUAAUUUUCGGAUGGAUUUGCUCUACAAACAAACUAAUUUAGUAAUAUUAACGAAUAAAUACUGCUGCUUAAGGAUAGACACAUUAUAAACAAGAAUUAUCAAUAACUUAUGAUAAACCUGAUUGUGAUAACCAACCAUUAACAGGAUAGAAACCAUAGGCACAUACAGAACAACCAGUAUUUUCAUUUUAUUAAUUUUCUAAGCAAUUUCCUAAAUCUUAAACACAACCUCCAUUUUACAAAUAGAAACCACUUAUACAACCAAUACAAACAUUGCCUGGUGAUGCACAUUAUCUACAACCAUAUUAACAUGAUAAGCAUUAUCCACUUGAUUAAUAGUAUCCAUCAAUACAAAUAGAGCAAGUAACUUCAUCCAAACAAUUCAAACAAGUACUAUUAUUAUGAUUGUCUGUAGUACAAGCAAUGCAUUGAUUUGCAGUUUUGUAAUAGCCAAUAUUACACUAUUAACAAUUUUAAAUUCCUGGGCCAGUGCAUAAAUAACAAUUAGUAAUACAUUUUUGACAAAUUUAAUUUGA